AUCAUCCUGCUGACACAUUUAGCUGUCUGAUCACACUAUCCAGUACAACACCGGUUGAUAUGACAACCAGGAUACAAAUAAUCAACAUAAACAUGCCUUUCCGUCCAUUGUUUUAGAGGGUGUGACGUCUGUCUAAACAGGAAAUACGUCAAAUAAAUUCCUUUUGGUAUGUCCUGCUAUUUUACCACAUGGAGGCGCUAUUUUACCAGAACAAAACUUGUAAUUUAUGUAUUCAAAUAACCAUCCUUUAAUGUAGGAGGGGCGAUUUAUCGAACCGUAUUCAUGCUUUCUCCUGCUGUGCCUCAUGUUUUAUCCUGACUGUUUGAUUAUGUAACUCUAUUCAUUUCUUUAGUUAAAAAAUACUAGUUUUAGUAUUAAAUCCAAUUAUUUGAUCUUAGAUGAAAGCUACCAUUACAAUUUAAACUGCAUAUUUUAUAUAUAUAUAUAUAUAUAUUUGUAAUUUAAGGUUGGAUUUUCCAACAUCAUGUAUUAAGGUAAUCCUUAUGCCUUCAAAUAAGAAGGUACUUGUUCACCAAGUACUCAAACAUGACAGAUAUAGAUGCCACAAAAAUGUUCUAUGUUCAUUAGAUGUUAACUAUUUUAUUUUAGAUUUAAGAAAUUUAUUUUAACUCAGUACAAAUUUUGGCUGCAUUUUCAAAUAACUAACCAAAUGAUACAAACUGAAAUAUGUACUGUUGCAUUGAUGACCAAUUUAUUUCUGCUAAAUAAUUUUUGUUUUAUUUAUAUAAAAAUAUCGCAACAUUUACUAAGUUGUUGAGUUCCCUUUAUUGGGACUUUCAAGCAUCAGCUGGUUCCAGGUUAAAAUCAAACCAUUUAUAUCAUUACAGAAAAAGGCUAAUAAUUAAACAGAAAAUAAGCUUUUUUUAAAAAAUAAAUAAAUAAAAUAAAACAAACUUCAUCACCAACAAUGGGAAUAUUCAUAAACUCUUUGCCAUGCCAUAUGAUUUCCACCACAUGAUACAAAACAGGGAAAUGUAUUAGAUAAUUAAACAAAGAUUUUUAUUUCAUACGUCAAUAAAUGUGGAUGAGCUCACUGUUGGUUUCUGACCCUGCGGAUAUUUUCCAGCCAAUAUCAAAUCUGAUACCCAACAGAGGCAGACCAAAACAGACAAGAGCAAAGGACCCAGAUACAUUUUCACUGCGCACAAGAUACAUAGUGAUCAUGUUCAUUUAAACCACCUUAAGAGAGUGAAUCAGAGUCAAAUGGAUAAAAGAAAGAAAGGAUCUCCAAAGGAACUGAGGCUUAUGGUGGUCGGUAGCAGCGGACCCUCUCAGUUCCAACUGACCAAUGCUAUACUUGGAAAGGAGGUCUUUUCAAACGAUGUUAUCAGUAUUUCUGCAAGUGUGAAGAACAAGGGAGAGCUGUCUGGUCGACCAGUGGCAGUGGUCAAUGGACCAAACAUGUAUGACAAGGAUAUAACUCAUGCAAAAAGGAAGAUGGAGCUCAGGAGGUCUAAGUGUUUAGUUAUACCUGGUCCCCAUGCCUUUCUUGUUGCCUUUGACAUUGAGAAAAUCUCCCCAAAUGACAUGAAAACUCCUUGGUUGCUAAAAAGACGCUUUGGAGCAAACUGCCUGAAACACUGCAUGGUUCUCUUUGCCUAUGAAGGAAAUUUGGAUGGAGCGUCUCUGGAAAACAGGGUGAAGAAGACUGAAUGGUAUCUGAGAGAACUGAUUGAGAAGUAUGGCGGGCGCUUUCAUGUUUUCAAGAAGAAUUGGAGAGAUCGAAGCCAGGACAAGGAGUUUCUGCGAAAAAUUGAGUUGAUGGUGGCUUCGUUGGGAGGGGGACACUUCUCCAGCAGAACUUUCCAAACGGCAGAGGACAGCGUGAGGAAGGAGGAGAAAAGGCUCAGGAAACAGAAGGCAGAGGAGAUAGAACAGACAUGGAAUGAGAUGGAGCAGCAGUACACGUCAGAGGAGCUGUGUUUUCAGAAGGAUGCCUACAUCGCCAAUGUACGUGCAGAGAUUCAGGCUAAGGCAGAGCUUGAUAACGGUUGGCUCAGAACAUCCCUGGCCAGAGGGCUGGGCACUGGCUUAGUUGUGGGGGCCGUGAUUGGUGCACUUUUUGGAUCUAUUGAAGGGGUGGGAGGAAUGGCUCUUUAUGGUGUUAUAGGUGGGGCGGUUGGUGCAUCUGCAGGCGGAACUGCUCAUGUGGCAAUCAAGCAUAUGGAGAACAGAGUUGCCCCACCGGCUAGACUCAAUUUUAAUUCUAUCUUCAUUAACCGUUUCUUCACAGUUCCUCGUACAUGACAGGAUGAUGACUUCAUUUUUCUGUGUAGAAAUAAAUGUUUGUCUUUUGCUUAUUUGUGCCAAACUUGAAACACAUUGAUUCAUUUCUCAUUCAUCAUGUUUUGUUCUGAUUGAGAUUUGUUUUCGAUGCCUCAGUGUGUUUAAGCGUUAAUUUUUUUGUACCUGUUUUGAAAGUCUUUGAAAGGUAUUUCUUAGAAUAUUGAUUGCUUUUCACUUAGUUUUCACAGGUUUGACAGGUAAUUAUGGGGCCAUAUAACAUCCCACUUCAUGCCCACCAUGGAGGAUAUGUGAUGCUUUGGGCUUGUUUGUCUUCCAAAAUUAACUCUUCAAAAUACAUUUUAUUUCAUUGUGUCCUCCAGCAUCAAUUAAACCAAACCAUAAUGAUCCAAACAUAGAGAUAUGUCUGUAAUAAGAACAAAAACAUGUAUUCAAAUAAAGUGUGGAAUUUUCCCAUUUUUUUUCAAAUUAAGUUUAUCUG